AUGGGCUCGUCGCUGCGACGCAAGAAGCGAGCGAAGAGCAAGUCCGGGAAGAAGACCGUCAAGGUGGGGCGCGUGAAGAAGACGUCGCAGAAGGUCACCGUCGCGCCCGUCCUCCUCCCGGGCGCGGUCGACGCGACGGCGUGGAACGAGGACACGACGCAUCAACACAACUACGCCGCCGCGGGGCUCGCGAGCGAUCCGAACAAGAUCGGGAAGACGGGACGGAACGCGGUCGAGAGACGCGAGGAGAGAGCCGGCGGCGGUAAUGGCGACGGCGGCGAACACGACGACGGCACCGUCGCCGCGCGCGCCACCGUGGGAGGCGACGAGGUCCGAGGCGCGAUGGGCGAGGUGCGAAGCACCGGAUUCGCGCCGCCCAAGCGACUCACGACGAAGCAGCGACGGAUCGUCGGCGCGCUCGUGGCGAAGCACGGGGAGACGAACCUCCCCGCGAUGUUCCGCGACAGGAAGUUAAACGCGAUGCAGCACACGAUCGCGCAGCUGAGGGAGCUCGUGGUGUCGUACGUCGCGUAUCCGGAGCUCGUCGAGGCGCGUUCUGUUAACACUGGUCCCCGUACGACCGCGUUCGCGCGGUGA